AACUUUGUGUCACUUACCGUUAAAUCCACUGCAGCAGAGUGAGCUUCUCCGGGAAAGGGUUCCAUAAACGGUCGUUUAAGUUCAAAUAAUCCUCGCGAGUAAGAAAUAGCACCCUUUUCAGGCAAAAGGUUCUAUUUCCUUGGCAAAGAACGGUUCUAUUUAGCACCCACAAGAACCCUUUUUUCUAAGAGUUAGGCCUAUCCUACCUCUGCAGCCUUAAAGUGAUGUCAGAACUCCAUCAGGCUGCAGCAUCAGGGGAUACGGAUCUAGUAGAGGAUAUUCUGAGGCAGAACAAAUAUGAUCCCAAUCAGAGGGAUAUUGAUUGGAACAACAAGACUCCAUUGCACUGGGCUGCUGCUCGAGGCCAGGCAGAGAUGGUACGGGUCCUGAUCGAGCAUGGGGCUCGGCCAUGCCUUUGUACAGAGAGUGGAUGGACUGCGGCUCACUAUGCUGCAGAGGCCGGGCGACUCCAGGUGCUGCGGAUGCUCCAUUUCUUUCAUGCACCUCUGGGCAAAGAAGACUGCUGUGGGGACAAGCCUAUCCGGAUUGCGGAUAUUUAUGGCCAUAAGGAAUGUGUGCAGUUCCUUAAAAGAGCAGAGGCAGAGCAUCAGGAGUAUCGCCGUUCUGCUUUGCUAUCAGGAUUAUCUCUAGAUGACACAGAUGAAGAAUGGGAGGAGCAGAAGAAGGCCACAGACCACCAAAGGAUGCCAAAGGGCACUCACCUAAACUGUCAAAAUAUUCAAAGGAAAAAUAUUCCCUAAUUCUAAAGAAUACAUAAAAUCUCAAUCUAAAUAUUUCAUGGUGUUUACAUUUCCCCCCAAUGCAUUCUUAACAUACACAUGUAAAAUAUACCUGUUUAAAAAGGAUGGAGUUAAUAUUUUUGCUGCAGUGAAUAGGCAUUUAAAAAGUGACUAGUGUCACAGAUGUCUGCAACCUGUCAGUGGAGUCUGUUAUGAACAUGAAAACAUGAGCACAGUUACCCUAAAAAAUCAUGACAAAACAUUCAUGUAGUGACCACAUACUACAAAAGUACAUUUAUUCCACAAUUCACAAUCAUUUAUUCUAUGAGUCUGGAGAUUAGUGUUAUCACGGCCAAAUCUGAACUGCAUAUGUUGUGUUGAUUUAACAUGAGCAACUACUUUUUGUAUUCAUUUUCAUGCAGUAUUCAUAUUCAUUUUGAUGCAGUAUUCCACUAUUUUCAUGCAAUGUGCUAUCACUAUGGUAUAUUGAUAACAGUAUCACCAAACUAAUUUACAUAUUUCUGUUUGUUAAAGAAUUAGAGCAAAUUGUCUUAUUUGCAUAUUGCCAGAAUAUUUGUGAUAUAAAAUCUUAACAUACAUAUUGUAGAGUCAUUACAAAGUUAUUUACAAAUGAUGCCUCAAAAAGUAAAGAAGGUCCAAUGUGAUGUUUGUUGUCAGAAAUUAAAGCAUUGUACACCUA